CGGUUGCCCUAGAAACGUGUUUCUCACUUCCGGAAUUGUUAAAGAUGGUUGGGAAGGUAAAACGUGCUCGACAGAAGUUACACCACGCCGCGGUGCGAUCCGGUAUCCCGGCGGAGGAGGAAUCGUCUGCUGUUCCGGAGCAAAAAGCACCAUGUCCAGAGGAGCUACAACAUGAAGGGAAGGACUGGUCAUUUUUAACCUCUAAUAUCUUUGCUACUACGAAGAUUGAUUUUCAGAAUUUGACAAAAAAGCUGGACAUAGACAGACAGAGUGUAGUCUCUGAAAAAAAAGAAGAGAAGGCACAAGAGAAGAUACAAAUUUCCAAGAAAGAAAAAGCAAAGCAAAGGCGGGAGCGAUGGCUGCAGAAAAUUGAAUGUCUGGCACUUGCUCAGAAGAGACUAAAAGCUGAGGUGAAGAGAAAAACUACUCCAGUCGUUGGGGAUAUGCAACCACUUGCGGAUGCCCUUCCUGAUCUUUCAGAACUGACCACUGUUCGGAAACCUAGAGCAAUAAAAAAACAGCCUAAGUGCAACACGAAAAAGAAAUGCGAAACAACAAACUAUAGCAAAAUGAAGUCAGCGCAGAAACGCAAGAUCGUAGAAGAAGAAGUAUCCCGUGUCCAGGAAAUGCUUAAAAACCCUUCCUACAAAGCCAACCCACUAGCAACUGUGGGCCAGCACCUUCUGAAACGCAUGAGAGAAGAGCGAGAGGAAAAUCUGCACUAAAAACUACACAAAGUGAAAGUGACAAGCCAAACUAAUAGACAACUCUUGUUUGACCAGUGUAAUAGGGUUUUGCAUUUUUGAGGGGGUUCUAAGCAGAGUAAAAUUACUGGGACUCUGCGGUCUGUUGGGGCUAAAACAAGAUAAAAAAAAAAAUAGUAGAUCACAUGGAGUGUUAAACCAGGUAUAUAACCGAGCUGGAUGAAGGAGGAAGUGAACUGUGCUCCAAUUAAACUUCCUUUGGUUGGUGUUAACCAUACAGGACAACAAUGCAUUUUACAAAUGCUAUUAACAAAUGUAUUAUGAUAUACCAAAGAAUAAAAAAAAUAAAAACCGAAAAA